CUCCGAACAAGAUGAAGAUCCUCGACGCAGGAGACAGCCCGCUGUCCAACGCCGACGUGCUGGAUUGGGUGGAGCGAAAACGCGCACAACAUGCCGCCGAAGAUGCCGACGACAAGGCCAAAGGCCAGAAACCUUCGAUUCGACCAAAGAAUUUCAUGCGUGUGCUUGACCGCACAGAACGUGAGCUGAAGAGUAGCAACUACCCGUACAUUAGGAAUCCAACAGCAUAUAGCGGCGAUGCGCGCAGCACAGCAUUCCAGAUGUUCGCACGUGAUGCUGAGGAUGCCAUGCAGACUUCGCUCGAGGCGGAGUGGCAUGAACGACUGCAAAGUAUGCCCAAGGAGCAGUUUGAGAAGGAGUUCGAGCUUGAGCAGGAGAAGAAGUGUCUUACUGAGCCCGAGAUGCUCAUGAUUUACAAUUACGCUCCUCAAUGCAUAGAGAUGCUGCAACCAAUGGUUGAAAAUGUGGAGGACCGGUUUACAGCCGAUGAGCAGCAAAUUUUGGUCGAAAUCAUCUCUCGAAAUCUGAGACCCGACGAGACUCCGCAAGAGGAGCAGAGCGCGGAGUAGUACCUGCCUCUGCGCACCUCUCGCGCAAGUCCUGCACAGGUGGCCGACGAAAUUGUGGGCGAGCAAGAGAGCAGCAACGAACGGAAAAAACUUGAUAUGAAAGUCGAAAUAG